CGCAGGAUGAGCGCGGUUUUCGGGGGGAUCUACUGCCUACAUCAUUCCCUGCAGUGCCUGGUCAUCGACGAAGACUCCAAACAGUGUAAGGCCGUCAUUGACAGCAGCGGGAAACGCAUCAGCUGUAAUUAUGUUCUCAUAGAGGACAGCUACCUGUCGGAGGAAACCUGCUCACAGGUACAGUACAGGCAAAUCUCUCGCGCUGUGCUCAUCACUGACAGUUCUGUGCUGAAAUCCGAGUCCGACCAAGAGAUAUCUGUACUGACGGUUCCUUCGGAAGACGGACAGCAGAGUGCCGUGUACAUGACGGAGCUCUGCUCCUCCACGAACACAUGUAUGAAGAACACAUAUCUGGUCCAUCUUUCAUGUUCCUCGUUGAAGGCCACAGCCAGAGAAGACCUGGAGCCAGUGUUACAGAAGUUAUUUAUACUGGAUGGGGAAGAAGAUCCUGAGGGCACGGAGAGGCCACGGGUCCUCUGGCUGAUGUACUUUAAUAUGAGAGACUCAUCCGCAGUAGAGCGCCAGUCAUAUGUUGGGCUUCCCUCUAAUGUGCUUGUCUGCAGCGGGCCGGACCCGUGCUUUGGAUAUGACCACGCAUGCCAGCAGGCGGAGAACAUUUUCACCACAAUGUAUCCAUCGGAAGAAUUCUGUCCUCCGGCGCCAAACCCAGAAGAUAUAAUUUACGAUGGAGAAGGGUGUCAGCCGGACACAUCGGAAACGAGAGAGGCUGAUGAGUGCAAGGAAGAGACGCCAUCUGAAAAUGUAACGGAGGAGCCGACAACCGAAUGACUCCACUUUGGCUGGAUUCCAACCAUUCUCACAUGUCAUAGUGGUGUGCGCUCCGGCGGCUCCUGAUACUCUGCAUAUCUGGCUGAGCUGUGCGUCACCAGAUGUGUCGCUGCGCAACGCCGCGUCUGUUUACCUGCAAGUCUGGCUUAAAUUAUUCUCCUGUGUGUAUGGCUGCAAUCGCAAUAAAUCUGUUUUCAUAUCUCGUC